AUGGCUAGCGAUGAUGUUACACCUAAUCACCUUGGCACCGACGUGCCAUCCGGUCAGUUCGACGAGAAGAAGGGUUCCAGUUCGGAUGAAAGGCCUCGCGGACUCCCUACCCAGCACGUUCGCGCGGCAUACGCUGCCCUGGAUGAAGAGGAGGAGGAAGAGGAUAUUGAUGCACUGAUUGAAGAGCUCGAAUCGGUCGACGAGAAUAUAGACAUCGAAGACGAGGAAGAUACGCAACCCGGAGGUGCACGUUUCGUAUCAGAAGACUUCCUACAGACAGACACAAGCAUGGGUUUGACUGAGCAAGAAGUCUUGGCUCGGAGAAGGAAAUUUGGUCUGAAUCAAAUGAAGGAAGAGAAGGAGAACCUGGCCCUCAAGUUUCUUAUGUACUUUGUCGGCCCCAUACAAUUCGUUAUGGAGGCCGCCGCCAUUCUCGCUGCGGGUCUGGAGGACUGGGUUGAUUUUGGCGUCAUAAUCGCUUUGCUACUGCUAAAUGCUAUGGUUGGUUUCAUCCAGGAAUACCAGGCCGGCUCCAUUGUCGAGGAGCUGAAGAAGACCCUUGCCCUCAAAGCCAUUGUCUACCGCGAAGGCCAACUCAUAGAAUGCGAAGCCACUGAGCUUGUCCCUGGAGAUCUUCUACAAGUCGAGGAGGGCGCUAUCAUUCCUGCUGACGGCCGUAUCAUAAGUGAGGAUGCCUUCAUCCAAGUAGAUCAGUCGUCCAUCACCGGGGAGUCUCUAGCUGUUGACAAACAUGUCAAAGAUGUUUGCUACCAGUCUUCUAUGGUGAAGAGAGGUACUGCGUUCAUGAUAAUCACAGCUACAGGAGACUCAACUUUUGUCGGCCGUGCAGCCUCCCUGGUCGCCUCCGCUAGCUCUGGGACUGGCCACUUCACUGAGGUGUUGAAUGGCAUUGGAGUCAUUCUGCUGAUCCUCGUAGUCGUUACUCUCUCGGUCGUAUGGAUAGCAUCGUUUUACCGCUCGAAUGGAAUCGUUCAGAUUCUUCGCUUUACCCUAGCCAUCACCAUCAUUGGCGUGCCUGUCGGUCUUCCAGCCGUAGUCACCACCACUAUGGCUGUAGGUGCUGCCUACCUUGCUCGAAAGCAGGCCAUUGUCCAGAAGCUCUCUGCCAUCGAGUCAUUGGCAGGAGUGCAAAUACUUUGCUCAGACAAAACUGGUACCUUGACGAAGAACAAACUUUCUCUCGCCGAACCCUACGUCGUCGAGGGUGUUGAACCUGACGAUCUCAUGCUUACAGCCUGUUUGGCUGCCUCGCGGAAGAAAAAGGGCAUUGAUGCCAUUGACAAAGCAUUUCUCAAGGCACUGAAGUACUACCCACGUGCGAAGAGUGUCCUUUCCAAGUACAGAGUGGUUCAAUUCACCCCUUUCGACCCGGUGUCGAAGAAAGUUAAAGCUCUGGUAGAAGCACCCGGUGGAGAACAGAUUGUUUGCAUCAAAGGUGCUCCUCUCUUCGUUCUUAAAACGGUCGAGGUCGACCAUCCCAUUCCUGUUGAUAUCGAGGAAGCCUAUAAGAACAAGGUCGCCGAAUUCGCCGCUCGUGGUUUUCGCUCUCUCGGUGUUGCUCGGAAGCGCACAGGCGAGCCAUGGGAGAUUUUGGGCAUCAUGCCAUGCUCUGACCCACCUCGCCAUGACACCGCUCGAACCAUCAACGAGGCGAAAAACUUGGGCCUGCAAAUCAAGAUGUUGACAGGCGAUGCUGUUGGAAUCGCUCGCGAGACAUCACGUCAGCUCGGUCUCGGAGAUCACGUAUAUAAUGCUGAACGUCUAGGUCUUGGUGGUGGUGGCGAAAUGCCCGGGUCAGAAGUCUACGAUUUCGUUCAAGCUGCAGACGGAUUCGCUGAAGUCUUUCCUCAACACAAGUACAAUGUCGUAGACAUUCUUCAGAGCCGUGGCUUUUUGGUUGCUAUGACAGGUGACGGCGUCAAUGACGCUCCGUCUUUGAAAAAGGCUGAUACUGGAAUUGCCGUGCAGGGUGCCUCUGAUGCAGCACGGUCCGCUGCCGACAUUGUUUUCUUGGCUCCUGGUCUCUCAGCAAUCAUUGAUGCUUUGAAAACAUCGCGACAGAUUUUCCAUCGUAUGUAUGCGUACGUGGUUUAUCGUAUCGCGUUAUCCAUCCACUUGGAGAUAUUUCUAGGUCUCUGGAUCGCCAUUCUCAACACUUCGCUAAAUCUGUCCCUUGUUGUAUUCAUCGCUAUUUUCGCCGACAUUGCGACACUCGCCAUUGCCUAUGACAACGCCCCUUACGCAAAGCUACCAGUCAAUUGGAAUUUACCUAAACUUUGGGGUAUGUCCGUACUUCUCGGUAUAAUCCUUUCCAUUGGCACCUGGCUUACUUUAACCUCCAUGUUCGGUCACAUCACAAGUAAUGAACAAGGAAUUCCCCAAACAGGAGGCAUCGUUCAGAACUUCGGAAUCCGCGAUCCAGUUCUCUUCUUAGAGAUCUGUCUCACCCAGAACUGGCUCAUCUUCAUCACCCGGGCUAACGGGCCCUUUUGGUCGUCUAUUCCAUCGUGGCAGCUCACGGGUGCCAUUCUCUUAGUCGAUAUUCUCGCUACUUUCUUCUGUCUGUUUGGAUGGUUUGUCGGUGGCCAAACGUCCAUAGUUACGGUGGUCCGCGUCUGGGCGAUGUCGUUCAUUAUAUUCUGUGCUUGUGCUGGCGUAUACUAUCUAUGCCAACGAAGCGCCGGUUUUAACAACCUUAUGCAUGGUAACAUUCGAAAGAAGAAACGGGAACACAGGGUUAACGAAGAUUUUGUUGUAUCGCUUCAGAGAGUCUCUACGCAACACGAAAAGAGUGCCUAA